UCAGUGCUCCAUUUAAAUAUUUUGGUUGCCAUACAAAAAACAAUAGUCAUAAAAUUCCGAUAUACAGGCUAACAAAAUAUAUAAAAAAAAAGAGAAAAAAUUAAAUCGUUCCGAAAAGUCAAUAUAAAAGAAAAAACCCAAAAAAAAAGUUAUUCAUUUCGUCAGCAUCCUUUGACACUUAUUCGCAGUCGUCGACUUCUGCACAGCUCUUCGCAUGUCCAUUCAGAAUCUAAACUCGCGCGAUCCUUUCGCCGAUGCCAUCAAGGGACCAGAUGACGACAUUCAGGACGGCCUUGUCCACAUACGAAUCCAGCAGCGCAACGGACGCAAAACUCUAACUACAGUACAGGGUCUGUCAGCCGAAUACGAUCUGAAGAAAAUCGUACGCUCGUGCAAAAAGGAAUUCGCAUGCAACGGCACCGUCAUUGAGCAUCCCGAAUACGGCGAAGUACUCCAACUGCAGGGUGAUCAGCGCGAGAACAUUUGCCAGUGGCUGACCAAGGUGGGACUGGCCAAGGCCGAUCGCCUCAAGGUGCAUGGAUUCUGAGCGCACUGCGCUGACCGAGGCAAUCGAGAUCAAAUCAAUGGGAUUGUAUAAACAAAAUCAAAGCAAAAAACAGACACAGGAAGACACGGAGUUUAAAAUGCCUCAUUUUUAGUUAACUAUCUGAUUAAAAGUUUCACAGUUCUGCAGUGCAAAA